AUGGAGAGUGCACCGACUCGAGUGAUGGUGGCUGUGAACGAAUCGACGAUGAAAGACCAUCCUCACCCUUCGAUCAGUAGCAAAAGGGCUUUCGAAUGGACUCUGGAGAAGAUGGUCCGAUCCAACACUUCGGAUUUCAAGAUUCUCUUGCUCCAUGUACAAGUCGUCGACGAAGACGGUUUUGAUGAAGUAGACAGCGUAUAUGCUUCACCUGAGGAUUUCAGAGAGAUGAGAGAGUCUAACAAGGCCAAAGGUCUUCAUCUUCUUGAGUUUUUUGUUAAAAGAUGUCACGAGAUUGGGGUCGGUUGUGAGGCCUGGGUUAAGAAAGGUGAUCCCAAGGAGGUGAUAUGCCAAGAAGUGAUUCGUGUCCGACCAGAUCUUCUCGUUGUUGGAAGUCGUGGUCUUGGCCGCUUCCAAAAGGUCUUUGUGGGGACUGUGGGUGCCUUCUGUGUGAAACAUGCCGAGUGUCCAGUGAUCACCAUCAAACGCAAUGCUGAUGAAACUCCCAGUCCAUUAGUUCGUAGAGCUAUUUACUCGAUUGCAGACAUUUCUGGAACACCUCUAAUAGAGGGACAAAGAGUCAAUUUUGAAAGAACGUAUUGUCAAAUUCUUUCAGAUAUGAAUCUAUCCGAUUCAGAAGAGAAGAGCUUGCAUCAGUAUCUCAAUUUCAAUUCAAACCUGGGUUUGAUUCACACUCCAUGUUCUGAGAAAUAUUUACAGAGGAAAAAACGGAGUCUUUGA